CGGCUCUACCCACUGCGCCUUACACCGUGUUACGUUUUAAGCUCCUGCAGCCAACAUUUUGACUCUUGUGGAAGCUGACAAUGUCUUUCUACUUUUUAACCUCAAGGUACAGAGAUUACCGGGCUCCUCCGUGGGAUCCUAACCAGUACGAGGUCACGCUACAGUUCUGGCAUGUCCUGGCUGUGCGAUUGGCUUUCAUCAUCGUGUUUGAGCAUUUUGUGUUUGGCUUCAAGGCCUUCAUCGCCUACCUAAUCCCCGACAUGCCCAAGGACCUGUGUGACCGGAUGCGUUGGGAGAAGUACCUGGUGCAGGAGAUGAUGUACGAGGCGGAACUGGAACACCUGCAGAAGGAGAGGAAGCGGAGCGGCAGCCGAUACCAUGAAUGGCCUUAGCAUGACGAAUGCAAACUCUGACCACAUCAUUGCCAUGAGACUGUACUGCUAUGGAGCCGUCAGCUAAGCUGCACAAGGUCUUGCAAGUUUUUUUUAAAUGUCUUAUAUAUAUAUGUAUAAAUAUAUAUAUCUAUCUAUCUAUCUAUCUAUCUAUCUAUAUAUAUCUAUAUAUGUAUAUAAAAAUAUACAUAAACUUUUAUAAAGACCUCAAAUGCAUGUUAUCAAAAGAUCAAAGCGUUGAGUGCUGAAUCUGAUUUUGGAUUUUAAGUCUGCAAGAUUGGUCGUUCGGUGUUUGAUUUUAUUUUCGAGAAUUGCCACAAAAAGAUGAAUGCAAGUUCGCUGGUCAGGUUUGGUUGGUCCAUUUUUACCAAAGAGCAAGAUGUCUAUUUUCUAGGCUGGACCCGUUUGUUUAAGGUGGAGAUUGACAGAUUCUCCCCAGUUUCGAGUGCCUCACGUUGCUUUGCCGAGCCUGUCCUGCAUUGUGGCGCAGAGGCGCAGUGGUCAGACAUCUCCCCCCACCCCCGCCCCGGUUCGAUCCUGACCUCGGGCACUGCCUGCGUGGAGUUUGCACGUUCUCCCCGUGUGAUCUCAGAGCCGAUCCCUGGCAAGAUACUGACAUUUGCUCCUCGUUCACCCUAUACACCAACGCAAUCUGUGAACGAGACAAACAGUAAACUAUUAAAUCAAGAUCCCCGUGCCAAGUAUCAGGGGAAUGCCCUUCCUAGAAUACUUGAUUCUCUGUGCAUAGAGUGAUAUGGAACAAUGGUGCAGCCGGUACAGCCGCUGCCUCACGAUGCCAGAGACCUGGGUUCGAUCCCGACUCUGGGCGCUGCUGGUGUGGAGUUUGCACCUUUUCCCUGAGACCACGUGGGUUUCCUCCGGGUGCUGCGGUUUCCUCCCAUGUCCCAAAGACGUGCGGGUUUGUAGUUCAAAUGGCCCAUCUGCAAAUCGGGGAGUGGGGUGGGUCAUGGGAACCACCUUGAAUGGGUGAUCGAUGGUCGGCGUGGACUCGGUGGGCCAAAGGCCGUGUCUCAGAAACUAAAAAGCUAAGAGGAGUGUAAAUGAGCGGAGGCACAAAGUAGUUAGCGGGUCCUGCGCUGAAUGUCCACAAACAUACUCAGCUGAUCAAAAAUCCUAAAUCACGGCCAGAAUUUUAGCUAUUUUAUUCAAAAGUUAAAACGCCAAAAGCUAAUGUGACCUAUUGGUUAUCAGAGUAAGUUUACAAAUUAUUUUUCCCUCAGACCUUUGAUUUGGCUUCUCUAUUUUUGUUUUCCGCUGUCCCUUUGAUUUAUGUGGGGACUGUAAUAGCCGUCCACUUGUUUAAUGAAUGGCAAAAUGGCCAAACAGUGUUACAAAGAUGAGUAAAUUUCCGCACAGUCUUGUUACAUUAUCUUCAGCCUCCGAUGAAGUUUGGUGCAUGUAAAUGCAUUUAGCCAUCGGCUUUGGGAGGGGGAAGGGAUGAGGACUGCAAUGUAUUCAGUGGCAAACAAGGAUGUGCAUCACACCUCAUCCAACUCCUGCCCGUGACCGAUCGAUCACCGGUUCUGCUCAGCACUGCAAGCGUGCAGUCAGCUGCUCAUAUUAUGGUUCAUUUUUUAACGCGUGGUGGUUUGAGGCGUUAAACCCAGGCAGCUCGAUACAUAACUGUAAGUGACGUACAAUGCGCAGAAAAUAAUGCAAUUAAUUGCCCACUGCCUGAAUCCCAUCGAGAUGACCAAACGGGAUGAGAAGUACAGAGUGUCUCAGGAACCCGUAGUUUGUUCCCAGUGUAGCCCACCACGCUGCAGCCAACAUCGGUGGGAUGUUUGUUUCAAGUGACCUUGUGUGGCCUCUGCUUUUUCUCUGAGCUGGUCGGAGCAGGUAGAUGCUGUGAGACCUGCCGUUGUGCCCAGACGCAGUUCGUACCUAAUCUUGAGCGCAGGAGAGUUUACAUUUGAGACUUUUGCUCUCUUUAUAACGACUUUUUAUUCCCGGCUUGGUUGAAAAUAUUUUCCUGCUUUAAGGGUGUUGGAAUGUGCAAGCUCUUUUGCAUGUUACACCUGCGCCUUUCCUCAGCCAAUGUAUGUUGUGAUGUGCAGAGUUACACACAUAUAUAUCAAUAGUCACUCUGUGGCAUGUUUCCAGAUUGGAUUAGAUCUCCGCUGUAAAUGGCCUGUGAUUUACAGAGUUAACAGAUAGUUUAUACUGGAUGAAGGUAUGGAUAGUCUAUAUUGGGAUUCCACUUCUGAAAGGCUCAUGGAUUUUAAAGGUCUGUUGUAAGACUACCAAAUCAAAUUUUAAGGAGGUGUCUAUCCACCAUCAUUCCAGAAGGUCUUAUCUUAUCUCCAAAAUGCCGAAUUAAAAUAACGCAAUGGUUUAUAUGGUUUAUAUAAUGCAAUGAAUUUGGAUGAAUUGCUGGUAGCAUAGUCCUUAAAGACAUUGUUUAUCCAUUGGCACGUUUGAUCAGUAGAUGUUCAGUGUAAUUAAAUUGUUUACUAUGCAGUUCGAAGAAUUGUAUGUCACUGAUCAGCCUUAUGUAUUAUAGGAAUCUGGACACCUUAACCCCAGUACUUUGAUCCCAAAAGAUACCUGUUGCUUGGAUGUAUAAUUGCAAGAAAUGUCCUCAAAUAAAUGCCUUUUUCUGUAAAUGGGUCUGCACAAAUAAAGACAAUGCACUCAGAUAUCACGAUUGCAGUCAUGAACUAGGCAUUGUUAUUAACAAUGAUAUGAUAGAAACAUAGAAACAUAGAAAUUAGGUGCAGGAGUAGGCCAUUCGGCCAUUCGAGCCUGCACCGUCAUUCAAUAAGAUCAUGGCCGAUCAUCCAACUCAGUAUCCCGUACCUGCCUUCUCUCCAUACCCUCUGAUCCCCUUGGCCACAAGGGCCACAUCUAACUCCCUCUUAAAUAUAGCCAAUGAUUCUAGAGAGUAUAAACCAAGUCUACCCAGUCUUUCUUCAUAAGACAGUCCUGACAUCCCAGGAAUCAGUCUGGUGAACCUUCUCUGCACUCCCUCUAUGGCAAUAAUGUCCUUCCUCAGAUUUGGAGACCAAAACUGCACGCAAUACUCCAGGUGUGGUCUCACCAAGACCCUGUACAACUGCAGUAGAACCUCCCUGCUCCUAUACUCAAAUCCUCUUGCUAUGAAAGCCAACAUACCAUUUGCUUUCUUUACUGCCUGCUGCACCUGCAUGCCUACCUUCAAUGACUGGUGUACCAUGACACCCAGGUCUCGCUGCAUCUCCCCCUUUCCCAAUCGGCCACCAUUUAGAUAAUAGUCUGCUUUCCCGUUUUUGCCACCAAAAUGGAUAACCUCACAUUUAUACUGCAUCUGCCAAACAUUUGCCCACUCACCCAACCUAUCCAAGUCACCUUGCAGUCUCCUAGCAUCCCCCUCACAGCUAACACUG